AUGGCUACGACUACCAUGCACUUCGGUCCUGAGUGGAUGCGCACGAAGGGUGCAUCACGACCCGCACCCUCUCCGCCGCUCACAACUCCAGCCGCGUCUUCUGGAGCGUCGACAUAUUCUGCGCUGGUGGCCCCUUUGGCUAAUACUGCUCCAGAGAGGCCCGAUGUCUCAAACCCAUUCCGAUACUCGAAGGAGGAGAUGCUCCGCAUCUAUAAAGAAGGUGGUGGACGAGGUGGACUAGGCCUUGAGGUGGAAAGAUGGGAUGGUAUUGUUCGUGAAGUUGGAUACGAUCCUGCCGGAUUAAAAGAAAUGAGUGAGGCCGAGAAGAAGAUCUUUUCGGGCUCUCUUAAUUCUGAGAUCCGUCGCCGACAAUCUACGGACGUUCUCUCCCCUUUAACGACAUCAUCAGGAGAGCGACCCAAACUUGGCCAUGCGGCUUCGGGCACAGCGAGUCCAAUGCGAGAUCGCUUUGGAAACUUCGCUGGACGCAGGCGGGACAGCACAGAUCAGGCCCCUUUGUCACUUCCAAGAAAGCUGUCUUUAUCAUCCAUGCAAGGUGCACUGGCGUCUCCCCGUGAGGGAGCUCUCCCGUCGCCUCGGACGCGCAUAGGACUAACACCAGGAUUCGAUGGUGUACUCAGCGAGUCAUGGUCAUCGCGCCGUCGUACUUCUGAGAGCGCGGUCAAGUCAGGCGUGGAUUCAGCAACUCGGAAGGAGAGGGAUGUGACUGAUCCCGGUAACGAAGCCAAAGGGCCGGAUAUUAAGGAAGAGGAAGAGGAGAGUUUAUCGCAACCUGUAGGUGGCGACGGCGGGUCUGCCACAAAGUCACCAUUGGUAACACAGUCGGAUUCAUUCUCGACGAACGCGACAAGCAAUAUGCCCGACACACCGAAGGCCGUCGGUGGCGUGGAAAGCGACGUGGCUGGACUGACCUUACGACCCUCAGAUGAAGCUCCUUCGGAUAUUGGAGAGGUCAAUGGCAGCUUGGAUUCUGCUGCGCCCAAGGCAUCGGAUACCACAGAUCUGGCGAGUAUCGAAUGGUCCUAUCUUGACCCUCAAGGCCAAAUUCAAGGCCCUUUCCGCGCGGACACCAUGCAACGUUGGCAUGAUGAGGGAUACUUCUCUGCAAAUCUGCUCAUGAGGCGCACUCAUCUGGAUUCAGAGUGGACGUCUGUUGGCGAAAUGACGCGACGUGCUGGAAAUGCCCCCGUCUUCCUCACACCUGGCGUCACUUCUACAGCGCCGCCCGGUUUACCUCGCCGUCCUGACCCCUUGCUUGAAGGACCAAUUCCAGAUUUAGGAAGAGGAUCGCCUUUCCAACCCAUUCCUAUCCAGAAUUUAAGGAGCACUACUUUGGAUCCGUACUUGCAUGGUGGAUCAAGCUCAUCUGCUUCCCCCUCUUCGUCGUUUGGUGUUGCACGCUUCGUGAAUGGUUCCCCCGAUCCUGGUCCUCUAGAGCCAAGGACAAAUCUUUAUACUGAAUCCAAUGUUGGUCCCCGUUUGGCUGGACUGGUUUCCGGUUCUCCAAUGGCGGCCACGCCGAGGCGAACGGCCUUCAAUGAUCCAUUUGACCUGUCUCCUGCACCAAGGUCUCCUUUCGCCAGCACAGCAAAUAUCAGGAUGCCUGCGGAUGGUCUUGGUCUUGGUGCGAUCGAUCCCAUGAAUACCGGCUCUGUGAGUCCCGCUUCGCCGUUCACUACAAACUUCAGUGCUACGGGCAGCCAGCGGGGACCGCAGGAGACGCCCAUGACCAACGGACAUGCCACGCCUUCUGGUUUUGCAGGGCCUGACUUAGGAUUCAUUGGUGGACCAGCUGCUCAAGGUGGUGGCUCGCGGAUUGCCAAUCGUGAUGUGUUUAACAAUACCACGGGCGACGAUGCUUUAGUCUUGAAUGGCAAUUAUAUGAAUAGCGUCGGGUCAUAUGCACUCGGCGGGCAACAAUAUCCUCAUAAUCAAACUUCUCAAUACUCAUCAGCUCGAGAUAGUCCCUCGUUAAAUUCUCUCACUCCAUUAUCAGAACGGCCAGGUGUAGCAGCGAUGUCUGUUAAUCACCAAGUUCAACAAUCAUUUGUACCAACCCCGGUCUUUUCCAACCCUCAGUCGCAGUGGCCUCCGCAAAGUUCUCCUGCUUUGCGUCGCCCAGGUCCUUUUGAUCCAGACUAUCCUACUACUAACAAUACCAUCAUAACCGGAAAAUCCACGAUACCCCAGCAAGCUCACAACAGGUUUGCUCGUACUACAGCACCUAAUGAGCCUUCUCAGUGGUUUGCGCCGACCGCUCAGGGUACAGUAAGUAGCGCCUGGACAGGAGAAUCGAACAGCCUCACUGUUGCCAACCUCGGUCAACAUAAUCAACAACAGCUGCAAGCACAGCUGCAGGAUUCGGACGCCGCUCUUCCGAUCGAUAUUGAAGACCGGCAAAUGGAGGAACCUGUUCUUCAGGAUAAACAAUCGCGACCAACUGCUACUAAAGCUGUCUCACCUAUUGCUACACCGUCGGUGGUGGAACUGCCUCGACCCGCCCAGAAAUCUCGUCGGAAGUCGACUGUUCAACUAUCUCCCUCUACACCGGCGCCACAGCUCAAGGCGCCAUCUGCACCAGUCCCUGUAGCGAAACCUCCUUCACCUGCGCCCCCUGUCGAACCCAAACCCGCUUGGAAUACGGAUGAGGAUAAUAAGAAGGGGAAGCCAUCUGGCGCAACACUUGGUCUGCGCGAAAUCCAGGAGGUGGAGAUGAAGAAGCUGGAAGCUCGCAAGGCGGCUGAUAGAGAACGCGAACGGACCACCCGCGCUGCCGGAGCUGCUUCGCAUGUUGAAGACUUCCAGCCUUUCACAGCAUCCUGGGGAUUGCCGACGUCGCAGGCGGGUGCGGCGCGUAGCACGCCUAUGGCCAAGGAAGCUUCUGCUCCCGUCACGCCGACUCUGCCCGUAUGGACCAACACUUCUAAGCCUCAGGUUGCAAAGAAGGGUAUGAAGGAGAUCCAGGAGGAAGAACGGCGUAAGAAGCAAGCUGCUAAGGAGAAAGAGACGGUUGCGGCAGCAGCAAAGAGAGCGCACGCCGAGACGACCAACAAGAGCACUCCGCCGCAGCUAGCAGGAGGAGUUUGGACGACCGUAGGCGUCAGUGGUAAGGUGGCCGGUCCUGCAGCGUCUACGAACAAACCGACAGCGUCAACAUCGGUUUCUUCCACGAAGGUUGUACCAAAUUUGUCCCCUGUACCAACGGUUCCAGUGCCCCCUGUCAUGGCUCGUGCUUCCUCUACGUCUGCCAUCUCAUCUCGACCCGCCAAUCCUCCUAAAGUUGUCUCAACUAAGACAGACGACUUCCCCGCGCCACCUUCUCAAGAAUUCCUAAAAUGGCUCAGCGAGUCCCUGAAAGGACUCAACAGCUCUGUGAAUUUUGAGGAGAUCACGUCAAUGCUACUAUCUUUCCCGCUGGAUCCCGAUCCGUCCACUGUUGAGAUUAUCUCGGACCUGAUCUAUGCUAGCAGCACUACACUGGAUGGCCGUCGAUUUGCAUCAGAUUUCGUAGGCAGGCGCAAGACGGAUGCGGCCUCGCGGCAGAGGACCGGUGUACCAGCCAGUACAUCAGUCAAGCCGAUAUCGAUUGCAGAAGUUGUGAAAGCGCAGCCUAAACCGGCUCAAUCUGAGUGGGGAGGUUUCAAGGUGGUGAACAAGAAAAAGAAAGGUGGACGCGCAUAG